AUGGCCUGGCGCGCCGGCCUGGCGGCUUUGGCCGGCUCCACUUCUGGGUGGCUGUCGAGGCGAAGACAGCCGCAGCAUGAAUCUCGCGGCGCGACGAACGUGAUGGUGUGCAGCACUGGCUCCUGGACCAGCAACUUGCUCUUCGUUCCACCUUCCGGCUUCUGGGCCGAUGAUGAUUGGUAUGACUUGCAGAUGGCACGGCGCCUGCCGCUUUGCCAAGACUGCUUGCGUGAGUUUGUGUAUGCCCUGCCGCCUCUCUCUGGCAAGCGUGUGGUGGACGUCGGGGCCGGAACUGGACGCUCUGCAGCAGCAGUCGCUGCUGCGUAUCCGCGCGCCCACCUUACGCUGAUCGAUCCCGACGAGGGCCGCCUCCGAACAGCUUUGGUCAAGCUGAAGCGUAGCUGGGAGUCUUCCACGGCGCCCCUCCAGGAGGCACCGGAGCCAACCUUGAUUGCGGCGGCGCUGGGCAGCCAGCAGACGCCGCUGCCGGGGUGUGGAGGUGGAUACGACUGUGUGCUGGCCCUGCAAGCGGUGCGGCACAUCGUCGCGCCGCCGGCCCACUACGCCCGGAAGCACGGGCUUGCUGUGACAGGGCCGGCGCAGAUCCGCGAAGGCUAUGCCAAGCUGUUCAAGGGGCUGCUCUUGAGUUUGGUGCCCGGCGGCCAUGUCUUUCUUGGCGACCACGUCGUGCACGGACACCCCGGAGUCUACGAGCACUGCAGGCUCCUGGAAGAAGCUGGAUUCGUCGACAUUGACAUAGCAUGGAGGCAGAAUGACUGGUUCGUCAUUGGCGCUCGGCGUCCAGUGAGCCCAGUGCAGGGCUGA